AAUACAUUGAAUAUAGUGUUGAAUAUGACGUCAUGUUUGGCAAAAUCAGAUGACUUUUGUUUUUAUUGUUAUUAUUGUUUUGUAUUAAUAAUUAACUCAUUUUUUUGACUAACAAUUUACAAGUCCUUUGUCUUCAAAGACAACGACAAUAACAAUAAACAAUACAAAGAGAUCACCGAAUGAUUUGAUCAAAAACAACACAAACGAGUGACAAAUAUUGUCGAAAAUCAUUAACAACGCCAAAGACAUCAACAUUUCGGAUGCAAUGAUAUCGUAAAAGAGUUGGUCAGUCUGUUGAGUGCCAAACCCAUUGCGUGGACAUCACCGCCACACCAAAAGCGCCGUAGAGAUGACCAUCUUUGACAUUCCGUGGCUCUCGGAGUCCAUUAAGAAGCGGGCGCUGAGGUAUCUGUUGCAGCGAUAUUUGGGCCACUUUUUGCUCGAGAAGCUGACACUGGAUCAGCUGAGUCUCGACCUCUAUCAGGGAAAGGGAUCCGUGCGUCACAUGCAACUCGAUGUGGACACCAUUAAUGAAGAAUUAAACCACUUGUCUUCGUUCCGAUUCAUUGAGGGCUCAAUCAAUGAGCUGUCAGUGUUUAUCCCGUGGACUUCGCUAUUGACCGACGCCUCGACAAUACAUUUUGACGGGAUUUCACUAAAUCUAUGCAAAUUUGCGAACAAUAAGUGCAAUGAUUUGCGCGAAUCAACGCUCAUAUCGACGGCGUUGAUGACAUCGUCGAUGCAAAUCGCAGAAGAGAUUGUCAACACUGAAGACAAUGAUAACGACAAUCACAUGGAGGAUAAGUUUGAUGGUCUCGAAAUGUUUGCACAGCUUAUCGAUUCAGUGCUCCGACGGUUCAAAUUGUCGGCCACCAACACGUCGUUUAAGUUUGUUUUUCCGCGAAAGACAGGCGAUGGACAGCAAAUUGAAGUCCGCGUCAAACAUAUGAAGUGUGAAGAAGAACAGCCAUUGGGUGAUUGCCAACAAAAUGAACGCAAUGUUAAUAUAAUUCCCGAAACUAUUACAAAAAUUAUUACUCUGGAGGGCAUUGAAAUAUUGGUCAACUCGGUAUCGGUGUGUCGGCUCACUGGACGACAUUCAGUACAGUUAAAGAUUGACGAAAAUAAAACUGAUUUACAGGUGUUCUUUGGUUCUCAUAUAUUAGCCAUCAUUAAUAGCAGACAAUUGGAGACAUUGAUUGAGCUCUUUGAAAGUGGAGAACAAYUACAGACUCAGUUAAGUCCAAUGAGCGGCGAAAAGCUAAUGAGUUCUGAGGACUACAUAAGAGUGGAACAACAGUUGCAAUUAGAGUCGGGUUGUGCUAAAUCAGCGGCAAAUGCUGUGAUAUCAUCRCAAUUAGUAAAAGCUGACACUUGGUCUGGUCUUAAUGAUUUGGAAGAAGAGAGACAGUUCUUUGAGUUGAACAAAGUCCACGACAAAGAUAUAAAGAUUACAAAAGAUAAUAAAUGUAAACGAUGUGAGUUCUUGUGUCAUCUAAGAAUACCUGGACUUACUGUCUGUUUGCUUUCUGGCGACAAUUUGCCACAAUUCGAGGGAAUGCCUAUCAUUGAUACGCAAAACUCAUUUUCUCGGAUCAAUUCAUUUAUUGAUAAGGUUUUAGACGAUUUCGAUCACUUGAGGUUCCUAUCACUACAACUAUCACUUGAUAUCAACACAGAUUCUGUUUCAUUCACUUGUGGAGACCUUAUGAUCAGUGAAGUGUUAAACAAUAAAAUGACACAAUUUGUGUGGAAUAAGAACAACAAUCAAAUGAUUGUUUCACCGUUUUUACGAUUUAAUCUAAAAGACAAUAAUAUGUCUAUAAAUUUGGAUUCAAUUAAUUUACGAAUAGAUUUAACUUUUAUGGAGAGAUAUAAGAAUUAUUUUAACUAUAAUUUACAUAAAAAUAAUUCACAAACGGUAUCGGAUUUUAAUCUUAAUAUCAACUGUAAGGAUAUUAACGCAGAGCUCAUGUUUCCGAUACCAGACCUUAGACCACAUGAAGAACGAAGUUUUUCAAUAAACAGAAAUGAAUCACUUCUACUAAGACUUUGUGAAUCAACGGUUAACAUAAAACCAAAUUGCGGUGAAUUGAAGUGUCAGAGCUUUGCGAUUGAUUUUAAAGUAGACGACAAUUAUCUUAAUAUAAUUAAUGGACAUUCAAUGGAGCAACAAAUGGUUAGUUUAAAGUUUCGGUUAGGACUGACUUCGACAACAUUGGACACAACGUUAACUGAGGACGACAUCAACAACUUUUAUGAAGCAGAUAUGGAAGACUCAAUAUAUGUGGGACAGACUGUUCCCCAGCCGGUGACCGAACCGUUUCAAGUGAAACGAAAAGUGAUUGGAAGAGAUAAUAAUGACAACGAUCAGGUGUUGACACCCGGAGAUAGGGAUCACAUGGAAACCUAUAUGGCAACUGCUUCUGCUUCCUCUCAAAUGCAUUUGGAUUUAGUUGUGCCAUCAGUUGAUAUUCAUUUUCAAAAUAAGGAUCAGUUUGAAUUGAUUUAUAACAGAAUUGGUAACGAUUUGAUUUUAUGGACACCAUUUGUCCCUUUGACUAGUGAUUUGAUUGUAACCAAAGAGCACAUGAAUUCACCAAAUCCCACAUUUUUUAGCAUUAAGACAAUGAGUGACUCGAGUUCUACCAAUUCUUCUUUUCAUUCAUUUAUUGGGCCAAACACUAGCAAUCGAAUCAAUUUUAUGACAUUUUGUGUCAAAUUAAAUGAUGUCACCUUUGAAAUUGAUUCCAAACAGGAGACAAACGAAGAGAUAUUUUGUCAAAAUUUAUUAUUGGGUCUCGUAGUCGGCGAUAAAAGUGAAAGUAAUAGUAAUCUAUGUCUUUGUGCUGAUAAUGUUUCAUUCAAGUCACAGGAUAUGACUGUCAUCUGUGGUAAUAUCUAUAAUGAGGCCAAAUGUUUGUUCAGUUUAGCACUUGAUAUAAAACGAGAGAGCGAUUUGUUGAAAAAGAUAAAAUUGGCGAUUCAAUUGAGUAAUGCCGCUAUGUUUGAACUCCAAGUGCCUGUAUUUGAACAGUUCUGGGAGUUCAUCAAUGUUACUGAUGAAGUAGUCAUUGGAUAUACUCCGCCUAAAGUGAUUACUGAACUACACAUUAAUUUGCUCGACAGUGCCAUUGCUUUAGAAAACUUGACGACACGGACUGCACUUAUAUUGUUUGAAGAUAUUUAUAUGACAUCAAUGGUUGUGGAGAACACUAACGAAACUUUACUACAAGUUAUGGCCGAAGAAACAUUGUUUUGCCUGAAACGCAACAAAUCUGCCGCAGAAGUCUUGAAGAACUACAUCUGUAUUAUUCAAACGGGUAUUAUUGAUAUUAAUCUUAAGCUUUCAAGAGAUGGCAAAUUGGAGUUUAAAGUAUCCAAUAAUGCAAUCGAUGUGAGAGUAUGUGCCGACUCUUUUACAGCGUUGUGUCAAAUCAUUAGUUCACUUACUGAAAAUACGUCCAGUAAUGCCAGUGUUGAUAGCAAUAUAUCCGAUAACAAUAUGACACCAUUUGAGAAGACAUUUGAUGAUAAAUUAAUGGAAGACGCGAUGGGAGACAGUGAAGACAUGAUUACAAAAGAUGAAGACAGUGAUGACGAACCGCCAAAGUUUUGUACCAAUUGUGAAAGUCCUCCAAUGGAUAUGAGUGACUUCUGGGUGUUAGGUGCCGAUGAUUUGGGCACCGGAAUCAAAAUGACAGCUGAACCACAAAUUCGUGUCCUAACUGAACAGCCAAUCAAUGUUAUUGAAAAUCAUUUCAAUAUUAGUCAUCAGCGUUUAAUUCCUGAAAUUACUCCAUCGACUAUUUGCAGAUAUCUUUUGGAGGAAAUGACUUUAAUAUUGCAUUUAUUUGAUGGCAAAGAUUUCGAUGACGACACUCAAAAUGACAGUCCGUUUGUCGACAAGAAAAACGAAGACAAUAAAAGUUAUAAAAGCUAUAAAUCUAACAAAACGUAUUAUUCAAAUGAACCGAGAGUUCGUUUCUCUGAAGGAUCGGUUCAUAUGUGGGAAAACAUAGAUCUUGUGUCAGCUCCUCAUUCUCUGAGAGGUCAGAGCCAAACAAGAGCUUCAAAUUCAUUUAAAUGUAUGGGUGGACUCAAGAGGCAAACAGAUACCUGUGUUCUUAUAUGUCUCAACAAAGUUAAGACACUUUUUGAGACGUUUGAUCCAGAAUUUCAACUUUCCUGGCGAUUCUUGUUUAUGGUUCAGGACAUUGAGGUUAUCGAUAAAGUGGUCGCUUCGAAGAUCAAGAAAAUGCUUUACGAAUAUUACUCGGAAAGUAUGCCACGAAGAAAACAUAUGAAUAUGUUUUCCAUUAAAGCCACCACUUUUCGUAACAAAGAGGUGGACAAUAAAGAGGAAUGUGAACUGAAAAUAUCUAUAAAGCCUUUGCGGAUUAACAUAGAUCAGGACACUCUCAUCUUUAUCUGCAACUUCUUCUCCACUGUAGUCGCAAGUAUGGGCUCUGAGGAGACUCAAAGUGCUUUCAAUACAAUGGUUGUCGCCAAUACUGGCGAUGAAUCUAUGCCAUCAUUGAGUGACACAUCCAGCACUAUUUCACAAAAGACGGUCACAUCGACCACUUCAAGUACCGGUACAUCUAAAACGCAACUUUCCGUUGGUGACGAUCCCAACAAAGUCUUCUUUAGACUUCUGUCAUUUGCACCGGACGUACCAAUUAGUCUCGACUAUCACGGAAAGCAUCUGGACUUUGAGCGAGGAGCACUUCAAGGAUUAUUCUUAGGUUUGGCUCAAUUAAAUCAAAGUGAACUUCGCUUAAAAAGAUUGCAUAAUAAACACGGAUUACUUGGUUUUGAUAAAGUAAUGGCUUAUCUUUUGAAUGAAUGGACGAAAGAUAUUAAAAGAAAUCAAUUGCCGUCACUGUUGGGUGGCGUCGGACCGAUGCAUAGCUUUAUUCAAUUAUUUCAAGGAAUUCGGGACUUGUUUUGGAUGCCUAUCGAUCAAUACCGACGCGAUAGAAGACUGGUUCGUGGYAUCCAAAGAGGUGCUCAUUCAUUCUCGUCAUCGACAGCUAUGGCAACCCUUGAUUUAGCCAAUAGAGUCGUCACUUUAAUUCAAAGUGCAGCUCAAUUUGCUCACGAUGUGGUCACUCCUCCCACACCCGGACACAGACAACUGGCAAUUAUUGCGUUGAAUGCACAACCAAGAGAUCUACGGGAAGGCAUAUCAGUGGGAUAUGCAUAUGUCAGAGAAGGUCUUCACGACGCAGUCAGAGAUAUGGUUACCGCCAGUAAAGGGGCCGAAGAUAUCCCAAGUGCUGUGGGCGGUGUCAUGCGUAACAUACCUUCCAGUUUGGUAAGACCUAUAAUUGGCGUCACUCAGGGGGCGUCCAAUGUAUUAAUGGGAAUGAGAAACCAAUUGACACCCGAGGCCCGUAAAGAUGACCAUGAUAAGUGGAAGAAUGCCAGUGAAAGAUAACUAUUACAUAUAACAAGGACACCAUUUUAGUUAUCAAUUUAAAUAUCUAUUUUCAAUACCAAUCAAAUUAUGGGUAAGUAUUUCCAGUCAUUGCAAUUAAUGCUAACAAUUUGAUAUAUAAAUUAAGUUAUUAU